AUGCUCUCUGACGGGCCGCUCGCAUCCAGACAUGACGAGAUCGCUGAGCCCCUGGCCCGCCUGAAGGAGGCCGCAUUCCUCGACGCCAACGACCUCUCAAAAGGCCGACUCUUCGACGAAAAUACCCUACCUGAACGGCCACGGCUCGAGACUGUGCUUGCUGAGUGUGAGAGUAAAUAUGGACCAUCGCGCCCAGAUGAGCUCGAUCGCCCGCAGGUACCGGCCCUCCAACCGGCAGCCGGCAUAGCUAGUCAUGAACAGCCGACCCAAGGCGGGCCCGCAGCAGGCAACGAUCAACCACAGCUCACUGUGUCUUCGGCGGGUGUCCAGACCACAGAACCGCCAGAGCCAGUGCAAUCCGUCGCUUCAUUCCAGCACCAACCCAAUGGCAUAGACACCAGCCAUCCUCAGCAUGCCGCCGAAGCUCCCGCGAAAACUGCCUCUUCACCCGAUACAGCCGUCCAGGCUACCACCCAGACGACUGCCCACCCCCUCUCACCUCCAGAAACCAACCGUACCUCUUCCUUUAACGACCGCCUAGGUGUCGCGCCUAUCAUUGUUCCUCCAAAAGCCGCCGAGGUCGCUUCUUCGCCCAUGUCAACCGGUCCAUCCUCCAGUCAUACAUCUGCCACCGAACGAUCCCCUGCUUCUAGCUCAACCGAAUCAGUCGCCUCUAUUGCUGAAUCUCCUUCAAUGGGCAAACACUCCACUGACGAACCCCCUUCAAAUGUCCAGUCACAACCCAUGUCCACCGCGGUACCCUCAACCCCGGAUGAACAGCUACAGCUCGAAGCUGCCAUGUCCAUUCGAAACUCUACCACCCCUAAACAGCCUCUCACAGCCCAGGACAAAGAUGGAGACCAGCACAUGACCGAAGCUCCGGCAGAGCUCAAGGAACCGCAGCUGAAGCGGGAGCCUACGGAGUCAGUCACGAACAGUCGGCCGUCGUCCUCGUCUGGACCCCAGGUGGUGCCAGAUGGCAAAACUGCUACGAAACCAGUCGAGAACCAGCGGCAACCUGCCGAACAGCAGCACCCAAGGCCAGAACGGAUGACUACAAGAGUCGCGUCCGGCGCAAUUCGGCACAAGUCUGUAUCGGAAAUCCUGGGAGAAAGUCCGAAACCAAGCGCAACUCCAGAAACCGAACAGCACUCUAGGGACUCACGACGGUCAUCCGUGUUUGACAAGCAGGCUGGCACUUCACACACUUCCCCAGCUUCACCAUCAAAAUUGAGACUGAGCGAAAGACCAGACAAGGAGAGGAGCAGACUGUCAACGGUUGUUUUUCCAAAGACAUCAAGUCAGGAAAAGGAAAAGGCCAUGCAACUGGCUUCCGGGAGAGAUGAAGAAACCCGCAAAUCUCCAAACGAGGAACAGGACUACCUAUAUACCCUCUUCCAGGCAAAGGCCCACUAUCCCCCUCGUACUAUGAGUCUCAAUACCCUUCUAUCUACAGCCCACAAAACCCUCAGUACUUCCAACCACUUCCUCGAAUACCAUGAACAAAUGGAUUGCCGCACCUUGAAGCGGAUUUAUCAGCUACAGCAUUCCAACAGAUGGGCUCUCCGGCAACUACAGCGUUCCCCAGAACCACCGAGGCAGGCCACUCACUGGGAUAUCAUGCUGGAUCAUGUAAAAUGGAUGCGAAUGGACUUUAGAGAAGAACGAAAGUGGAAACUCACGGCAGCAAAGCGCUGCGCAGAGUGGUGUGCAGACUAUGUUGCGAGUGACGAAGACUGUCGACGCUCUCUACGAGUACCUGCUAACAUUCCACCUCCACCAGCAGCAGAAGCCCCUGAAAGCGAUAAGCUCAUGGAUGGCCACCCGGAUGAAGUGCUGCCAAAUAAUCAUCCCACCCCUGACUUGAUCCAUUCGGCAGAUGACGACUCAGUUAGUGAUGGUUUCAAUGACGAGCAUCCUGAUUUUGAUGAUGGAAAUGUUCCUGCUGCCAUUUUCUCAUCCGGCUCGGAUGAGUUCACAUUCCGCAUGGAGCGAACCAUUGCGUCGGAAAAGAUACUUGGAGAACUUCCAUUAUACUGUCCCGUACAGAUAGCUCCAGAAACAAACAAACCAGCCUUUAAGAUCCAACCUGAUGAUGUAUGGAAGACGCAGCUACUGCCUGUCUCAAAAUACGCUCAGGGAACAAUCCAGUUCAAAGAAGAUGGCCCGCCUAGAAAACGAAGUCGUUACGAUUACGAACAAGAUACCUAUUAUGAUGGCGAGGAAGAGAAUGGGUACAGAUCUCUCUUACCAGAACAAGUGGACGUCGCUCUCUUCUCCCCGGAAUACAAAGCUCUUCGCGAUCGAAUCCAUCCGGGCAAUGCAUUCCGUCCUCCAACCGAGUAUAUUAUGCCACCCCUUGGGUUCUAUGAGUCACGGCAAUCAUCCCACUGGACUUUGGCGGAGGACGACGAGCUUCGAAAACUAGUACAAGAAUAUUCUUUUAACUGGUCCCUUAUCGCCAGCUGUCUGGCUCCGCGAUCGUCUUUCGUCUCUACUUCUGAGCGAAGAACUCCUUGGGAAUGCUUUGAGCGUUGGAUUAGCUUAGAAGGCUUACCUCCUGAUAUGGCGAAGACUCCGUAUUUCCGAACAUACAAUGCACGCCUUGAAGCUGCUCAAAGAACAAUUAUGAACGCACAACAACAGGCGGUUCAACAACAGCAACAACAGCAGCAGCAGAAUGGCGGUCAAGUAAAUCCGAGCGCUCAGGCAUUGAUACGGCGGCGUACUGCACAGCCAUUACGGGUGGAGAGAAAGCGGUCUUCAAGGCAUUUGGCACUUCUGGCUGGGAUGCGAAAGCUCUCUCAAAAACGAGAGACGAACCUUCAGAAGCAACAGCAUGCCACACAACUCGCCUCCAUGCGCAAGGUCAAUGAAGCGACCCAGCCACAUCCGCCAAUCUCGACGCCUCAGGAAUUCAGCCAGUUGAAGCACGAGAGGGAACUCAAGUUUUUGGAGAAACAAGAGCAGUACCGUCAGCAAAUGAUUGCUCAUCAGCGGGCUGCCAUGGCCCAGCGUGCGGCUCAGCUUAACCCAUCUGGUCAGUUCAAUGGUAUACCAGUCCGGCCUCCGGCGGCUGCUCCCAAUGGCGCCGGUGGUGUCCAAGUUCCCAUUACAAAUGGGUUGGCCAACGGCAUACCAAACGGCGUGGCCGUCUCUCAAUCUCGGCCACACCCAGGAAUUGCAGCCAUGCCCAAUGGUCUACCAGCCACUGGUCCAAUCCCAGUGCCCAGUGGGAUGUCGAUGAAGAUGAUGCCUCAACAAGGCCUCCAACAGCCUAUUAAUGGUCGGCCCGGUCUUCCUAUCCAAACAUCCCCUGACAACUCGCGUAUCAUCCGUGAGGCCAAUCGUCUUCAAGAGCAACAGCGUCUUCUCCAAUCCCGCCAGCAACAACACCAGUUCCACAGUGGUCAACAAGGCUUCGCUCCACAACAGGGACCCCAUUCUUCCCCCAACAUGAAUGCCACCCCCGCCACUACUUCAAGCAAUCCUGCCCUCAUGGCCGCUUUCCAAGCUGCAACCAACGGUGGAAGUCCAUCAUUUGCUGCUUCAUCUCUUACGCCCGGCGUAAUGCCUGCCUCUUCUCCUCGCAUGAACCACCCAUCCACGUCCCUCAAUAACGCUCCAUCAUUGCCCAACGUAAACAACAUACAGGCCUCUCUCCAACGCCUUCAUCCCACUAUGUCUCAAGAACAAGUCUCGAAACUUGCCACAGAGCGUCUGCAGCAGUAUCAACAGCAACGGUUAUCACAAGCAGCUCUAAACGCUGCGGCAGGUAACCUUGGUGUCGGCAACCUACCUUCUAACUAUCAGGCUGGGAACUCUGGGCAACAAAUUCCCCAGCAAGGCGCUGUGAAUGGUGUGACGUCAGUCCCAUUGCAGAAUCAAACACAAGGAUACAUGAAUCGGUUAGGUGCUUCACAGGCUGGAGGCCAACAGAACCGGCCAGGGGUCGGCAUAGCCAGUCCCGCGAUGACCAACAUGCUCAUGCAUCAAAGCCGAAGUGCAACCCCGCAGAGUCAGCGUCCUAGUAGCCAAGGAGGGCCACAGCAGCAGCAGCAGCAGCCGCAACAGCAACAGACACAGCCACCGCCGCCUGGUAAAAGUCCGAGACCUGCGCAAGCACAAACGGCGUCUAGCUGA